AUGAAACCCUCGAAGGACAACGCAUACCCUUGGUCGAUCUGUCGAUCUCUGACGUGGUAUUGUAGAAAUCGGAGGAUAAACACCUCCUUGAGUUUGUUCCAAUUCAGUCGAGAAAGCGGAACCUACCUCACCUUCCUUUACUUCUUUGUAAAGUUCCUUUACGUCGUGAAUGCCGUCGGGCAGAUAUACCUGAUGGAGUGUUUCGUGGGGUCAAAGGUCACGUUCUACGGCGCCGCGGUUCUGGCUGACCUCAUAGCGGGGCGGGACUGGCAACAGUCUGGUCACUUCCCUCGAGUCACAUUUUGCGACAUGGAAGCAAAAAAAUUGGGGAAAAACCAUGUGUAUACCAUUCAGUGCGUUCUUCCAAUCAACAUGUUUCUUGAGAAGAUCUACAUUUUCCUCUGGUUCUGGCAUAUAAUGCUCACGAUCGUGACUCUCACUUCCCUGAUUGGUUGGAUCAAGUGUCUCUUCUGGAGACGGGGGCGACUCAAGUUCGUCCGACGUUACCUCAAGGCUGUGGGUUUUUUACCGCGCAUGCUUGACCCACGCGACCGGCAACGAACCCGUCAGUUCGUUGAGGAAUACCUUACUGCAGACGCUUUUUUUCUUAUUCGCCUAAUUGGGACUAACAAUGGCGACCUAUUGGCCAGUGAACUUACUAGUGAACUUUGGUCGUGUUUUCUCUACCGCGCCGCAGGCCCUAAGUCACCGGCAUUACCGCCUCAAGUAGCACGCCUUUGCCCCAAACACGCAGUCUGCACCUGCCAGAUUUGUGUUGGUGGCCGAGUAAAUAUCGCCUCGGUGACAGCGGCUGUCAGUGGUGUCCCUAAGCCAGAGGCAAGCAUAUUUGAGAUGAAAAACUACCCAGAAAAAAGCCCCGCUAGCCAACAGCCAGGUUGCGGGUGUGAAGGGAACCGCAGUGGAGAGGCAAAAGAAAUGCCAAGUAGGAAUAAAAGCUCAGCUGGUGGUGAUAGCAACACCCCUGAGGACAUUGUAUAG